GUGGAUGGGUGCAGGCAGACGGUCCGAUAAGUGAUGGCUACAGAUGCAUGGCUGUGGACACUGGGGCUCCUCGCUGGGCCGGUCUGGGUGCACUCCCUGGGACUCUCCUGUGCUCUGCAGAGCAGGUCAAUAUCCGGGAGCCUGUAUAAGGAGGGAGACGUGAUUAUUGGGGGUUUGUUUCCUGUUCACUUUGAAGGUCCCGAACCCGAUCACACAUUCACACAAAGAGUACAGGCAGGGCGCUGUCAAAGUGCUGACUUGCGCUCAUACCACUGGCUCCAGACAAUGAUCUUCACUGUGGAAGAAAUCAACCGGGACCCAGCCCUGUUGCCCAAUCUGACUCUGGGCUACCUUGCUGCAGACACCUGUCUGACUGAGCGCAGCACUCUGAGUGCCGCACUGUCACUAGUGACAGGGCAGGAGGAAACAGUGUCCUGGGAACAGUGUACUGAGGCUCCCAACGUGCCGGUCAUAAUUGGUGAUGCCCGUUCCUCUGCUUCUAUAGUAGUGGCUGAAACACUUGGUGUUUUUGGCAUCCCCAUGGUUAGCUACUUUGCUUCCUGUGCAUGUCUCAGUGACCGCACCAGGUACCCUACCUUCUUGCGCACAGUUCCAAGUGAUGCCUUUCAAGCUAAAGCCAUGGCUAGGCUCCUGCGCUUGAUGGGCUGGUCCUGGGUUGGGGUUAUCUCUGGAGAUGAUGCAUAUGGCAAAAGUGGUGUGCAGCUACUGCUGCAGGAACUAGAAGGAUCAGAUGUGUGCGUGGACUACAUCGAGGUCAUCCCCAAAUCUUUUGCACCGAACAGGAUCAGGCGAAUUGUAGAAAGAAUCCAGAGCUCCAAGGCUCGGGUGGUGGUGACCUUUGCCAUCAGCCCAGACAUGGAGGUCUUGUUGAGGGAAGUGGUGAAGCAGAAUGUGACUGACAGGCAGUGGAUUGCCACUGAAGCCUGGAGCACCUCCAGCCAGCACUCUGCUUUGAGUGGAACCUGCUUGGCAGGCACCCUUGGCUUCGCCCUGCGGAAGGUUGACAUCAAGGGUUUGGGCUCCUAUCUGGCCCAACUGGGCUCUGACAUACACCGAAAGGAACCACUGGUACAGAAUGUUUUGGAGGAACUGUUUGGGUGCAGAUUUGGGGAGGAAACUCAGUCAGGAUCACUAAGAUCUCUUUGCCCAGGCUUGGAGAAAGUGGAAGAACGGGAGGAGAUCUACUCUGACAUCAACUAUAAUGUGUAUAAGGCUGUGUAUGCUAUUGCAAAUGCUAUUCAGAAUAUGUUGACCUGUCAGCCUGGCAAAGGACCUUUUGGGAAUGGGGAGUGUCCUGAUAUUAAACCGAUUAGACCCAAACAGCUUCUGUACUACCUCAAGGCAGUAAAGUUCACAACACCAGUGGGUGAGCCAGUCUAUUUUGAUGAAAAUGGGGACCCAUCUGCCUCAUACGACAUAAUUAACUGGCACAUGGGGGCUGAAGGAAAAAUGGAGUUUGUCCAGGUUGGGCAAUUUGAUGCAGCAAGAGGACCAGAGCAAGAUUUUCAGCUGGACCUCAGAAAAGUGGUCUGGGGUGGCGGCUGGGAUGAUGAGGUGCCGGUGUCUGUGUGCAGUGAGAGCUGUCCCCCGGGCACCAGGAAGGCUGUGCAGAAAGGAAAGCCAGUCUGCUGCUAUGACUGUAUACCAUGCGCAACAGGGGAGAUCAGCAAUGCUACAGACUCAACAGAAUGCAUCAAAUGUCCAGAGCGGUUCUGGUCCAACACUGACCGGACAGAGUGCAUCCCGAUGUUGGUAGAGUUCCUGUCCUUUCAAGAUAACAUGGGCAUCAUCCUCUCUGUGCUGUCUGUUGCUGGGGCAGUCCUUACCAUAAGCGUCCUGGGUGCCUUUUUCCACCACAGAGACACCCCCUUAGUCCGUGCCAACAACUCAGAGCUGAGCUUCCUGUUGCUGCUGUCACUUACACUGUGUUUCCUGUGUGCGCUGGCUUUCAUUGGCCGGCCGGUGCCAUGGUCCUGCAUGCUGCGCCAUACGCUGUUUGGGAUCAGUUUUGUGGUGUGCCUGGCCUGUGUUCUCAGUAAGACAGUGGUGGUCCUGGUUGCCUUCAGAGCAACUCUGCCUGGCUCAAACGUAAUGAGGUACUUCGGCCCUGGUCAGCAGAGGGCAGGUAUCUUCGUCUGCACACUGGUGCAGGUGGGCAUCUGUGUGCUGUGGGUGGCACUUGCUCCACCUUUGCCUACAGAAACUGCAGGAGGUGAGCUUGGAGCUCGAGUGGUGCUGCUCUGUGCGGUGGGCUCGGUCGUGUGCUUCUCCUUGGUGUUGGGCUACAUCGGUCUGCUGGCUGCCAUCUGCUUCCUGCUGGCCUUCUUCGCCCGGAAGCUUCCAGACAAUUUUAAUGAGGCCAAAUUCAUCACCUUCAGCAUGCUGAUCUUCUGUGCAGUGUGGAUCGCCUUUGUGCCAGCAUACGUCAGCUCUCCGGGGAAGUACACCGUGGCUGUGGAGGUCUUUGCUAUCCUGGCCUCCAGUUACGGCCUUCUACUGUGCAUCUUUGCCCCAAAGUGUUACAUAAUACUACUCAGACCAGAGAGGAACACAAAAAAGAACAUGAUGGCCAAAUAGAGGACUUUUACACAAAGACUUUGACUUUGUCUUUAUACUUCUAGAGCUGUGAAUAUAGAGGUUUGCAAGACAGUCAUCAUUUAUUUAUACAUGACUAUUUCCAACCUUCCUGCCUUUCACCCA